UUUCUUCCAAACCAGGCCAGGGAUUGUAGUUCACGGCGGUUCGUUCCCGUUGACAGUGAAGUACCUUACCAUGGUCAAGAAGCAAAAAGAGAAACAGUACCAGUCGGCGAGGGAGCAUCGAUGGACCUCACAAGUUCGCUCCGGUUCGGCACUACAAGCGACCGCGUCGGCUGUCCAACGACGACUGCCCUUUUCGCACUGCGCGUUAGGCUUGACACCGUACGAACAUCCCGUGUGUACACGACAGGGUAUUGUAUUUGAAAAUUCUUCCUUACUACCGUUUCUAAUGAAGCACAAGACGGACCCAGUGACUGGAGAACCAGCAACAUCGCGAGAUAUUGUCACCCUGCAUAUGGACAAGGACGAGGAAGGGCGUUGGCAAUGCCCGGUUUUGACAAAGCCUUUUUAUGAUCACACCAAAAUUGUAGCUAUUCUGCAGCCAGGAGGGAACGAAGCCAACGUCUAUUCUUACGAAGCAUACCGCGAGCUGAAUCUCAAAGCAAAAAACUUUGAAGAUCUCAUUUCGGGACAGAAAUUCAGUAGCAAAACUGAUGUCAUCAUUCUCAACGACCCGAGCGACGAAGCUUUCAAUCAGCGCAAGGACAUCAAUCGGUUCUAUCAUAUCAAGCAUUCACGUGAGCUGGAAAAGGAUAAGGGAAACACCGGGACGGUCCGGCAUAGUUUGACGGCCACGAGAGUGAUGGAACAGCUGAACAAGAAUAAAGCUAUAUCGGAAACAGCAGCUCAAAAGAAGCGAGUAGCUCCUGCCACCUCAUCGGGAGACAGCAAACGCCCAAGAAUACUGGCAAAAGAUGUGACAGGGGUCCAAUACACAACUGGCAAGGGCGCGGCCUCGUUCACGUCAACCGCGUUUGAAGUCUCCCAGAUAAACCAAGACCGUGAUGCGACCGAAGAAGAAAUUCGAGAAGCUCAAUUUCGCGUGAUGCGUAAAAUGAAAAAGAAGGGAUACGUCCGAUUACGAACAACGUUGGGGGAUCUAACACUCGAACUGCAUUGUGAGAUGGUUCCACGAACGUGUGCCAACUUUUUGGGACUGUGCGAACAGAAGAUGUAUGACGGAACAGAAUUUCACCGCCUUAUCCCCAACUUCAUGAUCCAAGGGGGCAAGUGCAAGGAUGGGCCGGACGAAAGCGUCUGGGGUGGAACACUGGCUGACGAAUUUGACGAGCGAUUGAAGCAUACGGGUGGGGGUGUUGUCUCAAUGGCAAAUGCGGGACCAAAUACUGGAACGCGACAGUUUUUCAUUACCUACAAGAGUUGUAAUCACUUGGACCGAAAACACAGCGUGUUUGCGACAGUGAUCGAUGGCAUGGAAGUCCUUAAAUUGACGGAAAAGGUCGGAAGAGACAAAAAGGAAAGGCCUUUAGAAAAGAUUAUGAUCUUCGGAACUGACGUGUUAGCGAACCCAUGCAAAGAAGCCACAGAAAAGGAAGAAGAGCGGAUCCGACUACUCGUGGAGGCCCGAACACCCAACCAUGAAAAUAGUCUUUUCGAGAAGCCGAAGGAGACGAGGGGGCAGCCAUCGCAGGAAGUUGGCCGGUAUUUACGGGACAAAGUGAAGUCGUUCAAGCCGGCGACGGUGGAAAACGCCGGAACCACGAUUCCGUCUCGGCUGCCACCUCCACCAAAGUCAACCUCUUUUGGAAACUUUGGCGGAUGGUGAGCGAAACGAUUUUGCGACAGUACAUUGGAACAUUCUUAGUCGUAUAACGUCAACUUUAGGGUGUCACAACUCCGGUGCAGCGAAGGCUUCGUUGCUAUUCGAAGAUUUUGGCUAUUCUCGACUACAGAAGAAGCAGGUCUCAAUGAGGUAUAGCAACAAUUUGAUAGAUACAGAUUUGGCGCUUAGUGGCGCCGGUAGAGAAGGUAAACUGUGUGUAUCAACGCAUUGUACUCGUCUUUUAACGUAGCUCCACCUGGACUAGUUGGCACGGCUUCACCGACAUGACGCUUUUCUGCUCCGCCUGGUAAUAGUUUAUAUUGAAAAAGUAGCUUUCAA